AUUUCAUUCUAAGCCGCUAUGCAAAGGCGAAAGGAUGGGACAUCAAUUCUCCGGGACGAUUCGAUCAUUUCUUCUUAUUUUGGCGCUGUCUACGUGCUAUCUCACGGCUGCUCCCCCUGAUAUGCAAGCAAGAAUUGAACAACUUGAGAAAAACUAUAUCAAAGUCAAAGAACAUUUGGAAGGCAAAAUUAUUGAUUUGGAGACAAAAGUCGGUCGACUGGAAGCUAAAAUUGAAAAACAGGAUUCACUUUUGGCUGUUCUGAAGAAAGGACAUAAACCUUUGAAAGACAAUAUCGACAUCAAUCAACAUCGUCGUCAGAACGCAACUCUUCGUACUUGCCAUGAAAUCCACGUCGCAAAUCCGUCGUACCCCUCCGGUAUGUACUGGAUCGAUCCAGACGGCCAAGGCGUCGGUGAUCCACCAAUCCACGUCCAUUGUUAUAUGGACGGAAAAGAGGUGUCCAGAUAUGGCAAAACAUCCAUUUUGCACGACAGCGAAUCGAAAAUGGACAUUGGAAAUUGCACCGAACCUGGAUGUUACUCGAGGCCAAUCAAAUAUUACGCGAGCGAUAGACAAAUCCAAGCGUUGAUUCAAUUGUCCCAUGGCUGCUCACAAACCAUUUUGUACUAUUGCAAGAAAGCGCCAUUAAACCACAAAGGGAUAGCCUACGCUUGGUGGAUCGACAAAGACGGCAAAAGACACGAAUUUUCCAAUUGGUUGACGACGUGCGACAAACUCUCUGAAUAUAAAGAACACGGUUACAACACAGACAAGCGUUUGCCGUUCACCCGCUUCCAUUUUAGCAACCCGUUUAAGGGCUCCGGUCAACACCAAGUGUCUCGAUUAGCAUGUCAGGGAAAGGCAAAAACGGAGGCAAUGCCGAGAUCGUGUGACGAUUUGUGGCGGAUGGGACACACUCUCAACGGAGUCUUCUUAGUCAGAGGAGAUAAACAAGUGGAAACUGUUUUCUGCCAAUUCGAUAAACGACCUAACGAACGAGGUUAUCAAACAUGGAUCGGGUAUGUCGAUGUGAAAUCUUUGCCGACAUAUUUCUCUGUCCAGAAGAAUCAGCUGUUCAAAACAACGGAUGUUGCUAUACCAUUUGAUGUCGAAAAGGUUAACGUCGGCAACGGCAUAAAUUUAAAAACGGGAAUAUUCACCGCACCACGGGAUGGCAUUUAUUUCUUCUCGUUUAACGGAUUGGCCAGUAGUGAGCCUGCAGAGGGAACGGCUUACGUCGGAGUAGGUCUUUUUUUGAACGCAAUCCAAGUUGGUAGAACUUUUCAACAUGAGGGUGACGUCACCACGCACCACGAUCGUCCACUGACACUUCAAUCAACGUUGAAAUUGAAAGCCAACGAUCGUGUUUGGUUGCAGAUUACAGGCGUGGCACCGACGAGCUUUCUGUUUGAUAACCAUCACGGACAUAAUCGCUUUACAGGUUUCAUGUUGGACGAGGAAUUUACAACGCCUAAGUGAUGAAUUUAUUUCAUAUUUGUAUUAGCGUGAUUUUAUGUUGUUUUUUUACGGGUGUAGGAAACUUAGCUUGAGGCUUUCACCUAUCCGGGAAAAGUUAGAUGUUUGUCUCCUUGAAAUAAAGAGCGUAGAUGUUCGCAUUUCAAUGUGGAAA